AUGAGGUUUGAAGAGCAUGAACAAGUGAUGUUAUCGGAAAAUGUGAGCGCUGUGCUUCAAAGAAAGUUGCCACCCAAGCUCCAAGAUCUUGGAAGCUUUACAAUCUCAUGCACUAUUGGAAAAAGAAAAUUUGACAAAGCAUUGCUUGAUUUGGGAGCAAGUGUGAACUUAAUGCCCUACUCUGUAUAUGAACAACUUGGGUUGGGGGAACUAAAGUGUGUCUUGAUCUCUUUGCAAUUCGCGGAUCGUUCUGUGAAGUACCCAAGAGGCAUUGUUGAAGAUGUACUUAUCCAUGUUGAUCAACUUAUCCUCCCUGCUGACUUCGUCGUCUUGGAUAUGAAGGAAGUUAAAAUUUCGGGUCGUAAACUCCCUCUCAUCCUUGGUAGACCCUUCAUGGCUACUGUAGGUAUGAAAAUUGAUGUUAAAUCUGGUUUACUGACCAUGAAUGUGCAAGAUACAACUAUAAAUUUUCAGGUCUUUGAAGCUUUGAAAAGACCCUUCGAUCCUUAUGAUUGUUUUCACAUCGAGGUUGUGGAUCAAAUUAUAGAGAAGACAUUCAUUGAAUCAAACUGCACAUAUCCUAUAGAGAAUAUUGAUACUUUGACGGCACAAACCAAGACUAUUGAGGUGAUGUACCUCGAUGACCCCCCAGAUAUGUGA